UACUUGAUGUAAAGUGCAUAUAAGUCAUAUCCACAUAAAAAUUUGCACUAUAGAAAUUCUAAUCUAGUGUGAAGACUUAUCAAAGCAUUUUCUAAACCCAGGUGAAAGAUGUCGAACUACAUGCAGCAAGGCGGCCACAUGCAGCAAGGCGGCCACAUGCAAUAUGGUCAGCAAAUGAGCAAAGAAGGACAGAAUGCGAUGUGGUAUGGACAACAACAUGGCUACAAUGUUGACUCGGGUAUCAACAGCGAGCACAACACUGCCCCGCCUUCAAUGCAUGGGGAUGAAGAAAACCUGCUGUCGACACUUGACCAGGAGUUCAGCUCGCAUGGAAUAGCGGAUAUGAACGAACAGUUUACCACCUCCAGAAGGUUAGUACAAUUGAUACAUCAGGAUAAUUAAUUUUCUCCAUAUCUAUUUGGAUGCCAGCAUUUCCUAAAGUGGGACUAACCCCAAAUGUGAUUUUUUGUAUGUGUGAUAUUUGGGUCAUUCUAAGAAUAAAUAUAAUGUAUCUUUAUAGUAAAAAACCUCAUCUUGAUCAACUUUUUCCCUGUCAAACUUUCCUGAUAUGAUGUCAUUAGGUGAAUCUUUGGUACAGAAAACAAAGGAAAACUAAUUUGCAAAUAUUCACCAAAACUUUGACAGUGAAAAAGUUGAUCAAGAUGGGAUUUUUUAUUAUAAAGAUAUAUUUCAUUUCCUCUUCAAAUGAUCCAAAUAUUACACAUACCAAAAAUCAUAUUUGUGGUUAGUCAAACUUUAAAUUAAGUAAUACUUUAAUUUAGCAUUACUGUAAUAUACAUCUUUUAACUUGUUUGUUUUUCCCCCAAGUAUGAGGAUUCGUCAAGCCAUGUUCCCAGAGAUGCCUAUGGAUGAAGGAUCUAACGUACCCAUCCCGCAGAUGGAUCCCACUGCGAACACUGCUGUCCAACGAUUAUCCCAGCCAUCGCAAAUGGUGAAAAAUGCUGUUGUAGAUCUGAUCAACUACCAGGUAUGUUGACCUAUAAUUCAUUUGUUCCAAAAUACUCCUAGAAAAAUUCCUUUCUUCAUUAUGUGUCAUCCAUUUCUGACAUUUGUUACAAAAUUAACCAUGAUCAUUCUGGAUUUUGUAAUUGCAUAUAACAUGAUGUUCAUUCUUAAUGUUUGUUGUAUAGGAUGAUGCAGAUGUGGCAACAAGAGCCAUUCCUGAAUUGACCCGAUUGUUGAAUGAUAAUGACCCAGUAAGAAUUUCUUUUGUUAUUCAUUUAUACAAAUAAAUUCAACAUCAUUCUUGCACCCCAUAUGCUAGUUUUAUGGUAGAAUGAAGAAGAAAAUUUGGUACCAUAUGUAAAGAGACACUUCCUAGAUUUUCUUGAAUGUACAUGAACUGUGAUUCUAUUAAUAAAUCCAUUGAGUGAUAGCACUUUCCCCUUGAUGAGUGAAAUCAUUUGGUAUUGGACAGGGUAAAAUAACAAGGCACAUGGGCAGAUAGUCUAAUCAACCCAUUGAGUGGCAGCAAUUUCUCGUUGAUGAGUAAAAUCAUCUGAUGUUGGACAGGGGCAUUGCAUCUUAAGUCAAUGACAAUCUCAACUUUGUACCAUUGUCUUGUGUGCCAUCAAGCAAGUUUAAGUAGUGGCCAUUAAUUUAAAUAAGAACAUUGAAAUAGGUAGAAGCUAGGUGUUCGACCAAAAAGGUUGGGCAAGAAUGUUUACUGGCAAAUUGUGAUUAGCAUUUGGUUGGAAAAGGUGUAAUUUGGUCGGAAAAUGUCAGAUGCCUGACCAUUAUUUCAGGUUCUGGAGAAGGGAGCAUAAACAUGUCUAAUUUUGUUAUGUUUUGCUGUAGACUGUUGUUGGGCAAGCUGUGUCAAUGGUGCAUGCAUUAUCAAAGAAAGAAGCAAGUCGUCAUGCUGUUGCAAAUUCUGGUCCAUUGAUGGUUUCCCUUGUGAGGGUAAUGGACUCAUCUGGGGACGUCGAGACAGUACGAUCUAUUGCUGGCACAUUGCAUAGCAUCUCUAGUACCAGGUAGGAUUCAAAGAUUUUUAAAAAAUGCUGCUUCAAAAAGUUUCAGCAUACUAAAAUCACAUUUAAUUAGGUAGGGUUCAAAACUAUUAUAACAGUGUUGUUUCAUAAUUGUUAGGCAAGGAUUGCUGUCGAUUUUCAAAUCUGGAGGCAUCCCGGCUCUUGUGAAACUUUUGGGUUCAUCUGUCGAGUCAAUUGUUUUCUACGCCAUCACGACAUUGCAUAACUUGCUUUUGCACCAAGAAGGUGCCAAGAUGGCCGUCCGCCUCGCUGGUGGCUUGCAAAAAAUGGUUGCACUUUUGCCCAGAUCAAAUGUCAAAUUCUUGGCUAUUGUUACAGGUAUGCAACAUGCAACUUUUAUUUCUUGCUUUUAAUACAUAUGAUAUUACUAUGACAAGGUCCUUGGGACACUAAACUAUGCAAGUUAACCAGUACAUUUUAAACAAUUCUUUAUAAGGGAUAUUUUCCUUCCUGUUUUGUAGAUUGCCUUCACGUGCUUGCAUAUGGCAACCAAGAAAGCAAGCUUAUCAUUUUGGCCUCUGGUGGCCCAGCAGAACUUGUGAGAAUCAUGCGAAGCUAUAAUUACGAGAAAUUGCUUUUCACAACAAGCCGAGUCUUGAAAGUUUUGUCUGUUUGUUCAAGCAACAAACCUGCCAUUGUUGAGGUGAGUGUGCUCUUGCAUGCUCUCUAAAAUUUUCACAAUUAAUAUAUCCCAAUCAAAUAAAUAAACAUGUUUUUUUCUAUGUAGAAAAACUUACAGUUGUACAUUUAUAACCAUAACCAUGAACUUAUUUUUGCUUUCAUUAUUUUGUUAAAUUUUUUGAGGACUUUUAAUCAAAUAUAUCACAAGACAAUGAAAAAUUGUAAUUGUAUGUUGAAAAAAACAGAAAAGUAUUUCUUUUUGUGAGCGACAUGACUAAAAAUCAUCAUACCAAACAUUGUAUUUUCAGGCUAAUGGCAUGCAAGUAUUGGCUCAACAUCUUGGCUCACAGAGUAACCGUUUGGUCCAGAAUUGUUUAUGGACAUUACGGAAUAUGUCAGAUGCUGCAACUCGUGUUGAUGGUUUGGACAAUUUACUUCAAAUGUUGAUUCAGUUAUUAUCGUCAAACGAUGUUCAAGUUGUCACAUGUGCCGCGGGAGUCUUGUCAAACCUGACAUGUAACAAUCCAAGAAAUAAACAAAUUGUUUACCGAGUUGGUGGGGUUGAAGCAUUGGUGAGAACUUGUGUCCAGGCUGGCGAGCGAGAAGAGAUUACUGAACCAGUGGUAGGUAUAUCUGUUUUUAUGGCAGAUAAGAAACGUUAUCCGUGGGUAAAGUUUCCGGUUGUGACGUACCACUGAACAUCAAUUGAAUUGAAAAGUUGCUGACACGACAUAAAGUUAUCCCGCUAAGCGGGAAAGUUGUGUUCAUAUUAGAAAAACAUUAUCCCAGUCACCGAGAUCUCGCCUGUCAACAAGCUUACAAGCCAUCUUAAAUCUUAAAGAUAUCUUGUUGACGAGUGAAAGUAGUUAUACAGUACAUUAUAAUUUGGUUACAUAAUUCAAUCGUGCUGCUAUCUGCUCAAUAUACACUUAUGACUUUAAGACUCCCCAGACCACUCCCCACAGUCUCCUACUUUAUCAACACAGCCACCUACCCAGAAUAUUUCUGAAAGCCCUGAAUUUCAACUUUUGAACUGUAGAUGAUAGUAGAAAUAACGACAAAUCACGGAUUUUAAAACGUCUUUGCACAAAUUAGGUAUGCGCACUUCGACACAUCACAAGUCGCCAUCAGGAUGCAGAGGAGGCUCAAAACGCAGUCCGUGUUCACUAUGGCCUGCCAGUACUCAUCAAACUUCUGAACCCACCAUCACGUUGGCCUUUGAUCAAAGCAGUUGUAGGCUUGAUCAGGAAUUUGGCACUGUGUCCUGCUAACCAUGCCGCUAUCCGCGAAAACGGUGGUAUUCCUCGUAUGGUACAGCUGUUGAUGAAGGCACACCAAGAUAUCCGCAGAGCUGGUGGUCAACCAUUUGCUGUAGAUGGUGUUCGCAUGGAAGACAUAGUCGAAGGCACUGUCGGUGCUCUUCAUAUCUUGGCAAGAGAACCAAAUAACAGAGCUGUCAUUCGAAGCUUGAAUGUUAUUCCAUUAUUUGUCCAGGUAGGUUUAGUUACAAAACGUUGGUUAUAUAUAGUUAGGUAUUUGGUUAUAUAGAAAUUAAAAAGUUACUUCGUUUACUGAGUUAUCGAGAUUAAUGGGAUAUAUCAAAUGCAUCUGAUUGGUUAAUGGAUAUAUCAAAUGCAUUUGAUUAGUUAAUGGUCUCUGAAUGGUAUCGGUAGUGGAAGUCAAAUCUGAACCUCUCUAAUGUACCCUGGGUAUUAUCUCUGUCAUCUAAAGUACAUUGCAAUAAAUUUUCCAUAGUUGUUGCAAUCCAACAUUGAGAACAUCCAGCGUGUGGCAGCGGGCGUGUUAUGUGAACUUUCCCAAGAGAAGGAAGGUGCUGAGAUAAUCGAAUCAGAGAAUGCAACGGGACCACUGACAGAAUUACUUCGUUCAACCAAUGAAGGCAUUGCUGCUUAUGCUGCCGCUGUUCUGUUCCGUAUGUCCGAAGAUAAACCUCAAGAUUAUCGUAAACGAUUGUCUGUUGAACUGAGCUCGCUCUUCAAGGAUGAUAUGCAAAUGAAUGAGGUAGAGUAUGAAAAUGAGUUAUGGGGUGUUUUAAGUACAAACCCUUACCUCUAGAGAGCUAUCCGGUAUACAUAAUAUUAGUUUAGGUCUCCUUCUGUAGUAUCACUGGAUCAAUAAGAGAUGUUCCUCAGUUCCUUACUGGACCUCUAGGAGGAACAGCGUCGGUUGCGAAAAAUGCAACUAUAGGCCCUCUGGCAAGAAUCCUGGUUAGGUCUAAUAAAUAGGGGAGUUUAAGCUUCGCGUUCAAACGUCACAUGGCAAACGCCAGGGGAAGAAAAAAUUUACGCUACAAGGUAAUAAAUGGGAAAUUAAGUUGCUAUUUUAACUUUUAAGACUGUAGUGUAUGAUGAUUCUUUUGAGAUAAGAACGAGAAGAUGAAGCGAAGAAGUUAAGCAAAAAUCCUGCCAAUAAAAUUCGACUAUGCCGUUUGCCGUUCUCGCAAGCGUGAAGCUUAAACUCCCCCUAAUGUAUAAAAAACGGGGUGUCCACGGGCCUUGAAAAUCCUGGAAAGUCCUUGAAUUGGAAAAAAAUUCCAGGACUGGAAAGUCCUUGAAAGUCCUGGAAUUAAUUUCCUUAAACUCCAGCUGUUGGCACAUUAGUGAUUUUGAUUAAAAUUACUGAAUAAAGUGAAUUAUUUGCUGGGCAAAUCCGUGCCAUUUUCAAAGAUUUUUCCCAGUUCUAGGUCCUUGAAUUUACGGGAAAAAGGGCCUUGAAAGUCCUGGAAAAGUCCUUGAAUUUCACCUUCACCAAAGGGUGGACACCCUGAGAAAAUACGCUCGAAGUUUCCAUAUUUUAACGUUUGACACGAUUGUUUCUAUUCGUAGCAAAUGAUGGGUCCGAUGGACGGAGGAUAUCAGAUAGAUCCCUACAUGCAACAAAACAUGCACCAGCCAGGUUAUCCUGCUCAACAUGCCGGAUACCAACAGUAUGGUCAACCGCAACAACAGUAUAUGAACCAUGAUCCUAACUUUGGAUACAACAUGGGUGGACAUCAACAACAAGGUCAACAAUGGUUUGACUCCGAUUUGUAAGAUACCAGCACCGAAAUGACUUAACUAGCUUUUAUUAAUAACAGCAUGUAAGUAGUAUUCCAAUGGAGUGAUUUUGACGAGGACUUCGUGAUGUAAGAGGAGUGUUAGCAAUUUGUACAGCAGUUAAUUUUGAUUUCCGUUUUAUUUUAUCCUUUCACUUUAUACCACUUUGUAACCAGAUCGUAGUAUAACGAGUGUUUUUGUGACUGUUUGGUUCGGUCUAACUUGAGCGAAAUGUUAGAUUGGCCUUUCUUUUUUGUUUUCGUGCUUGUUUAUAUACAAUUGUCGUAAAAAUCUAGUUGCGCUCCUUAAGACUUAAGUUCUUUGUUUAAUUAGGAAUAUAUUUUACUUUAGUUUUUGCGUAUAUUAUUUCGUUUGAUAACUUUUCACUCGUAUAUGGAAUGUAUAUUUUGUAUUUAACUGACCAAUGGCAAUGACAGUUGUACACCAGCAAAAUGGUAGGAAAAAACUUAACGCGAGCUUUUCAAGUAUGGUAUUGUUGGUGUACAAUUCAAAUGACAAAGAGAAUGUGUUGCCAUGUUGGGUGAUGUUUGGAUCUGUAAUCAGCAAAAUCUUUUUUCAAAUUCAUCCAAUAUGGCGGCGAUGACGUAAUGUGAAAAAUAUGCGAUGACGUAACUGAUGCAAAAUAUGUGUCAUGGUAGAAAGUUUAGAAAUGCAGUAAAAUACACCACACAAUACUGUAGAGUGUAGAUGUUGGGAUAUGGAAGAAUUAUCGAUAUGCAUAGUCUAAGUAGGACAUACUUUUACAAAUAGAUCUUAGUACCUUAGUAGUUGUAGUCGAAAAUAUGUAAUUCGCAUGGAUAUUUUUUAGCCUAUCAAAAAAUGUAUAAAAAUGCAAUGUUGUGUGUUUUCUCUGCGAGACAAAAAAGACAACAGGUCUAAAUCGAACGCGCGUAAGAAGGGCUCUGGGUACGAGAAUGG